AUGUGUGUGACAGAACAAGAAUUCGAAGCAAAGUGGCAAGCAAUGUUGCAAAAAUAUGAGUUGACAGAACACUCUUGGUACAAAAGAGUGUAUGAGUUGAAAGACAAAUGGUGUCCUGCCGUUUGUAGAGAUUUCUUUUCAGCAGGGAUCUUAUCGUCACAAAGGAGUGAAAGCACUAAUCAUGCCAUAGGAUUCAGAGCAAGUAAAGCAACUACUUUGACAGAAUUUUAUACCAUAUUUAAGAAGACAACUAAUCGUUGGAGAAGCACAGAGAAAUAUGAUGAGUUUACCUAUAGCAAGUCAAUAGCAUUCACUUCAUUGCCUCUAUCUGGAAUGCUAAAGCAUGCUGCACAGGUUUUCACUUUAUCACUCUUUAGAAAUUUUGAAGAGGAGUUUGGAUACUCUAUGGCAACAACUGUUCAGAUGUUAGGCAGUAAUGAAGAAUGCCUACUUUAUCAAGUAACACUAGAAGACAAGCCAUGGUCUGCACAUCAAGUAAACUAUAUACAAGAGAGCCAAACUGUAUGGUGUACUUGCAAAAACUUUGAAGCAUCUGGAUGGUUAUGUUAUCAUUGCAUCAGAAUUCUACAUUUGCAUUCAGUAACAAGAAUACCAGACAAGUAUGUUUCAAAAAGAUGGACUAAGUUUGCAAAAACAGAGGCAUGGGAUAGGUUGAAGAAUCAGGAUCCUAAACAGCAAUAUAUUCCAUGGAGGCAAACAAUGAUGAGGAAAUACUACAAUCUAAUCUUAUAA